AUGGCGAUGUUGGUUGAGAAAGUGGAGGCUCGCGCUGUGAUACGGUUCCUGCAUUUGCAAGGGAAGUCUGCCAGGGAGAUCCACGACCAGAUGACUGCUGUGCAUGAGGAAGGUGUACCAUCAUAUGACACAGUGGUCAGGUGGAAGAGGCGCUUUCAUUGUGGACAGACAGACCUUGAAGAUGAACCCCGAAGUGGAAGACCGUCUCUCCCUGAGGAACCAGGAAUUGUGGUACAGUUAGAAGCUUUGAUCCCAUCCGAUAGGCGCAUAACUAUUGAAGCUAUUAUUCAUGAAGUCUGCAUUAGCCACGGGUCGGUUUUCAACAUCAUCCACGACGAGUUACACAUGACAAAGGUCUCUGCACGUUGGGUGCCAUGGUUGUUGACAACAGUUCAAAAACCGCAACUGAUGGAUGUGGUAAAGAUACUUUUGCAGUUGUCUCAAGACGAAAAGGUGGAAUUUUUCGGCCGCCUGAUCACGAUGAAUGAAUGUCGGGACUAA